UACAACCUGACCAAGCCCACAGAGAAAACUUACAAGAAGAGAACAAGAUUCACAUCAGACUUCCUGUCCUGAAUCGAGUAAUGCCUAUGGCCACAGACAUGUCCCAGUUCUUACCCAAUCACACGCUGAAGGCCACCCAGAGCCUGAGCCUGGACCAGGCCGAGGAGGACCUGGACGUCUCCCUGGACAACCUCAACCAGAUGAUCCUGGAGCUGGACCCCACGUUUGAGCCACUGCCCAUCUCCCGGCACAGUCCUGGACGGAACAAACACACAGUCUCCUCUCCAGAGGACUCCCCCGAGGAGGAGGACAUGGGUCCCUGCAUGCUGGUGUCCCGAGGCUGCUCCUCCACCGUGGAGGUGGACUACGCAACCUCCACCUCCUCCAGAGCCCGCGUCUCCCCCUGCACUCCCACCGUCUCCGUCGGCGCCACCCGCAUCGUGGCCAUCCCACAGCUCGCCGGCUCCGUCAGCCCUCACGGCUCCGUCAUCUUCUCCGACUCGCCCUCCUCCAACCCCUCCUCGCGGCCCCCGCUGCCCUGCGGCAUUAUGGGAGGUGGCAUGAUGGGAGGUGUGCAGAGGAGGAGACCCCAGCCGCCGUCCCAACAGACGGAGGUGGCCGGUUCCCCUGGGAACCUAUCGCUGUUCCGCAACUCACUCCGGGGCAGCGCAAACUCGCUCCUGUCCACUUCUCCAGGCUCCGACACCAGCUACAUCAUGGGCAGUUGUCAGUCGCUCCUCAGCGAUGACACCGACAGCAGUCCAGAGGGUCUGACGCCCAGCUUGUGCGGUUCCCUCGGCGACGUGUCCCGUUCCCACAGACCCUACGGCAGCCGGCAGCUCCAUGGCGUGCCGCUGUCGCCGUACCUCAACUCCAGUCCGUCCGGCUCCCUCACCGAUAUCCCCGUAGUUCUCAUCAACGGAGCUCCGCAGAGCGGGACGCCCGAGGGCCAUAUCAGAGACCACCACCACGGCCUGAGCGUCAGGAGCACGUCCAGGUCACCGUCGCCCCAGGAGACACCCACGUCCAUGGACAGGAGGCCAUUUCAAGGCAGCCAACCUAAUAUGAAAUUUGUUAUGGACACCUCCCAGUACUGGUUUCGACCACAGAUCACCCGUGAAGAAGCUGAUGCCAUCCUCCGUGUCCAGGACCCAGGUUCCUUUGUAGUGAGAGACAGCACAUCAUACAGGGGCUGCUUUGACCUAGCGAUGAAGAUCCACCCAGCGGCCACCGAUCCUGUUUCCCUCUGCAAACCAGAUGAUUCCACAGAUCAAAUCAAACACUUCCUUAUCGAGUCCUCUGCUAAGGGGGUGCGUGUCAGAGGAUCUUCACAUGAGCCCUACUUCGGGAGUCUCUCUGCCCUGGUCUAUCAGCACACCAUUUCUCCUUACGCACUACCCUGCAGACUCGUCAUCCACUCUCAAGGUGUUAAGAGAGAUGAGGAGGGAUCCCCAACCACGUCCCCCAGUGAGGAGCCUAGUAAGACAGCAUGCAACUUCCUGUAUUUAUGUGCGGUUCCCACGGAGACGCUGACGGGCCCCUGCGCUGUGCAGAAGGCUGUGUCUAUGGUCUUUAAGAAGGAGGCGGCAGCCACACCCACAGUGGUCAACCUGAAAGUGUCACCCAAGGGUGUGACUCUGACCGACAUUCAGAGAAAGCUCUUCUUUAGACGGCACUUCCCUGUCCACUUGCUGAGCUAUGGUGGCGAGGACCCCGAGGAGAGAAGGUGGCAGAAAAGCUGCAAAUCAGUCAGGAUGUUUGGGAUCGUGGCUAAAGGUGUGGAGGCCGGCGCGGAGAACAUGUGCCACGUCUUCGCCGAGUACGACCCGCUCCAGCCCUGCGGCCUCUCUCUUCAGCUCAUCCACAACAUCAUCACCAGCUCCCAUGCAUAGGCACCUGUGCCGCGCAGGUGCGUGAGGAGAGCAGAGCGACAGAGUCACGGACAACCUGUCGUCGGCUGGGUCGUCGAGGUCACUGACCUCAGGGAACGUGCAUGGAGAGUAAGCGCGCCGAGCUGGCGUGACAUGGGACUACAGACGACAAAAAUGUCGACAAAAAACGUCUGAUCUAACAGCAGGAUUCUACAUGGCAGAGGAUUCGCUUAGUGUAAAUGCUGGGGACGACCAGUAGAUGGCGUGACUGCUUUCAAAAUGGCUUUGAUGGACCAUUCUUCAUUGGGCAAAAUUCCUUCAGCUGAAUACUCUUGCUUUGAAUGGCUUUACACGUUGCCCUCAAAGAGGACCGGACAAUACUUUCAGAAGUGCUACUAGGCCUUUUGCACAUGUCUACAAACACACUUGUAGUUGUGACCACUAGGCCGCUUUGUAACCACCAGGCUGCUUUGGUGAGAGACAUAUUUAUAGUGAAUCAUGAAAAUAUAUACAGAAUAUGCUUAUAUAUCUAUAUAAGGUACACAAUACAUUGGAUUAUUACACGGCUCUUCAUAAUGCUGGAGAAUGCUCC